ACACUGUUGUUUACCUGUCUGACUGGCGGAGAGUGUUGGUGCAGUCAGGCUACGGCUGAAAGGUGCAAAUAGUCACAUCAGUGAGUAUGGUUUUAGAGCUGGCUGACUUUUUCCAGGUAAACUGCAUGAGUUUUGUGUCUCACGAUGUUUACUCUUGCAGCUAGGAUUCCUUUUGGCUAAGUGUUGAUAUGACACACCCGGAACAGAGGAGAAAGACCGUUAGAGUUUGUCCUUUACGUGACUUUGAAGUAUUACUUUUGCCGUGCAGUUGUGCGACCAGCAGUUUUAUAUAUGUCGCUGCUUUGAACUUUUUCAUGAACACACGUGUGGGUCGGUAAAGUAAGAGUUGUUAAAAUAUGCAAAGUGCUGCUGUGAGCCAUAACUAUUUGGAGCUGGUUGACUUUGUUGAAUGUGCAAAAGUGUUCAUGCUGUCCAUGUCAAACUUGCGUGGACCUUCUGCAAUGUCCUAAAAAACGGAAACUGGACUACUGUAGCUUCAGUUGAUUUCGAUGAAGGAUAACUUGAAGCACAUAAUGAAGAUAAGGGUUUGUGAAAAAGGUUGACAGUAGUGGCCCCGUUUACAUGGGUCCAAAAAUCCUAUUUACAAUCGGAUUGAAAGGUCAGUCAGAUUAAAAAUGUCUCAUAUAAACACCUUAGCCAAUCUGAUUCACCCGGAUCUGAUUGUAUUUCGGGUUUGAUUGAAAGAGGUAGUCUACACCGAUUGAUAAUCCGCUCCAUGCUCCAUAUAUACGGCUGAGUGGAGCGGAUUGGGUUUACGGAGAGGCUUGUUCGGUCUGCGCAGGCGCUCGGUAGUACGUAAGAGGCACGUAGUGACGUACGCAGACCGCGCCCAAACGAAAACAAACAUGGCGAACAAACAGAAAAACUGGGCGGUGAGUGUAUUGUGUCGUGCGACUGACGAAGCGUACACUUCUUGCUGUGUAACCCGGCUGGAUUAUACUUUUAUUAAACUUUAACACAUAGGGUUCCUUACUCUGCUCGGUCUGGGAACUAAUGUGGUGUCACACACAAACACGUCCGUGCGCAACUCUAAAGCGGAACUAAAACAAUGGUUCCUAUUAACAAUUCCCAUUGAUACAAUACAAUACAACUGGAUUCAGCUGGGGCCAUGAAAACGCGGACUGAACGUGGAUCGCUUUACUUAAAGUUCAUGUAUACAGAUGGAAUCAGAUUCACUUAAUCCGAUUGAUUUCAAUCAGAUUGAGGAAAACUACCCAUGUAAACGGGGCCACUGAAACCUCCACUUUAGUCAGACAGCACUAAACCAAGUGUCAUCUUUAGACUCGUUUCAGAGUCUCAAAUUCAAUGAUCUAUCUACUGAAAACCCACUGAGCUGUCAGGCUCUUUGUGGGUCUGAUUGUGACUAAAACUGAAGUCUGAAGACAAACACAUUUGCUUGAAAAUGAGUCAUUAGAAAGGAAGCUGUCGGAAGCAACUGAUGUCACAAUCGUUUGCAACUUUAUGUAUAUUUGACCAGUGUUACUCAGCGCAUCACGACACGCAGAACUAAAAUACAACAAAUUUGGUGGUUGGAAGAGUUCAGUCUGAAUAUAUACAAACACAGUAACAGACUUACAACCCGUCUGCAGUGGUACAGUCUCUGUCUGUGGACUGUGUUGUAUUUUUUUUUUAAGAGAAAGAUGCUGUUAGUAGUUGUCGUAGGCUUGAAAGUAAAGAAACCCUAAUAUAAUAUCUAUAGCAUCUAUCUAUAGACCUCAGUCCUAUCAUUAUGAACACACCCUAAUCCAACCCAACACAACAGCUCAAAUUCUACUUCCACAGGUGCUCCUAAUACUUUGUCCCCCCUCAUGUUUGUUAAUGGAGUGGACAAAAGAACACCUUUAUUAUAACACGCUCGAUUACACCAUGACCACCCACUGUGUCUUUAUUUGUACCUUAAGAAACUGUUUUUCUCCUCAGCUUUGAAGAUGAGUUCCAGAGCCUUUGAUUCUCUAGAAAAAGAGGGGGAGGACGACGAUGAUGAAGAAGAAGAGGAAGGAGAAGAGGGGCGCGUCAACCCGACAGAAGUGAAAAUGAGUCAGAUAGUGAUGCCCUGUCACAGCAACCACCGUCAGGAGCUCAGUGUGGGGCAGCUGCUCAAAUGGAUAGACUCUACUGCUUGCCUUGCAGGUAAUGUGUAUGCAUGUCUGAGAUCAGUUCAAUCAUGCUGCGUUGUGUAACUUGUGCGAUUGCCAAGAUUAUUGUGCAACUGCUGACUUGAAAGACAAACAUCCUACUGUUUGUGGUUAUUUCACAUGUGCAGCUGAGAGGCAUGCUGGGAGUCCCUGUGUCACUGCCUCCAUGGAUGAUAUCCACUUUGAACACACCAUUAGGUAACAGGAAAUGUAGGAGGAUUUUUCAUCUGCAUUUCCAGUGUGAGUGUGGGUGUGUAGGUGUGAUUGUUCACCCAGCUGUCUUUCUGUUCAGAGUGGGUCAAGUGGUGAACAUCAGGGCAAAGGUCAACCGAGCCUUUAACACCAGCAUGGAGGUUAGAGGAAUACACAUCAUGUUCUCUGACUUAUAUUUGUGGACUGAUCCUAAUAAGCUGUCACUCUUUAUCAUGGAUAUUCAACACAGGAUCUCAGAACCUCUGUCCAAGUGUAAAAGAAAGCAGAUAUUCACUGCUGUCUUUUAUUCAGGUCCAGGUUUAGGUUUUGAACUUGGUUGCUCUUUCAUGUCACAGAAGUAGAAUAACUCUCAAGUAUAUAGACUUCAUCUAAAGAUCCUCAUUUGUCCUUUACAUCUGAGAUCAUAAUCUUGUCUUUUAAAGGUGGGCGUACAGGUGAGCUGUGAGGACCUGUUCACCGAUCGGCACUGGAGAGUUUGUCACGCCUACGCCACUUUUGUCACCCAGCGCACAAACACAGGACAAAAGGUAAGAACUGUUCAGCUUUUUGAGGUGCUUAAGCACCUUUUGGAGGUCACUAACAGGUUUCUUGUAGGUGGAUGUGUCAACUUGCUACAGUCCUGAGUGGGGCUACAUAAUAGAGGAUAAAGUAAUGUCACAGCAGGUUAUACAGGAAGUCAUAUCAGAUAAACUGAGAGUAUUUAAUGUGCUUGAGUGAAAAAUUUCUAACAUAAUAAUGAAAAAUGGGUUUUCUGCUCUCAAAACAAUUCUUCCUCUAAAAUGCUCUAAAUCCAGCCUUCUGACAUCAGCAGAGAGACAGGAUGAGGAGAGACUACAGGUGGAGCCACACGUUUCACAACUUUAAUAAUAAAUGAAAUUAAGUCACCUCACAUCAUCAGUCCACUGCUGAGGUUUAAAAUUACAUUUAAUUUAUGUUGCAGUCAUAGUACUCUUGAAUUAAAAGUAAACUCAUGGUCUUCUCCUGUCUGCGAUUUUCAUCACACUACACUGUAUGUUGACCCUUAAAAAGUCCACAAUCUGUGGUCCUGUUAGCAGUCCAGAUGUGUGUCCACAAUGUUAAUGAAUAUCAGGGUACACCGAUCUGGGACAUCAGAAAUGUUGUGUGCAUGUUGACAGUGUAUGGUCAUGUGACACACAGAUGCAGACUGCAUGCAGGAUCAGUUUUGAGUGUGUUCAGGUGAGGGGCUGUUUUAAAGUCUUUAGACAAACAAUACAAUGCAAUAAAAAACUUAAUGUAUCCUCAAAGGGAAAUUUAUUUGUUGGGACUCUCUAGUAUAUAGGCAGGGUGUGUGUACAUGUGUGUGACUGUGACUGUGUCGGAAGUUGGGGUUAAACUUUGGAGCAUUAAAUAGACACAUCUGCUGCUCUUCCCUUCCAGGUGAUCUUGAAGCCUAUUGUACCUCACACUCAAAGGGAGCAGGUGGAAUACAGCGUGGCGGCUGAGAGGAGACGGGUACGGAUGAUACACGAGGACAUCAUCAAAGAUCUGCUCUCCCAUGGGUCUUUCCAGCAAGGUAGGUUUGACCCUGACCGCUUCCCGACUGUCUCCAUACUGCAGAUCACAGCAGGAGCAGUUGUGAGACUGCAGGUUACUGUAAGAAGGCUUGAUGUCAGACAGAAAACAUUUAGUCUGUGCCACUGUUCUACAUGUGGGUCUUUUACAGCUUUGAGGACCACAAUUCAGUGGCUGUCAAGACAAAUGCAGUUCACUUUCAGUCAUGAUUAUAUAUGUACUAUGAAGUGAAGAUGUGCAUUGAUGAAUUAUGUGUGUAAAAAGAUUAUGCAUUUUGUUCUACAAAACCAAAUUCCAAGUUGAAGUUGGGAAAUUUUGAUAAACAUAAAUAAAAGCAGAAUAUAAUGAUUUAAUGUUCAAACUCAUAAACUUUAUUGUUUUUUUUUUUGCCACUAAUCAUUAACUUUGGAAUUUGAUGGCUGCAACACGUGCCAAAGAAGUUUGAACAGGGGCAUGUUUACCACUGUGUUACAUCACCUUUCCUUUCAACAAUACUGAAUAAAUGUUUGGGAACUGAGGAGACUAAUUGUUGAAGCUUUGAAGGUGGAAUUUGUUCCCUUUCUUGCUUGAUGCACUGCUUAAGUUGUUCAACAGUCAGGGGUCUCCAUUGUUGUAUUUUACGCUUCAUAAUGCACCACACAUUUUCAAUGGGAGACAGGUCUGGACUGCAGGCAGGCCAGUCAAGUACCCGCACUCUUUUACUACGAAGCCAUGCUGUUGUAACACGUGCAGAAUGUGGCUUGGCAUUGUCUUGCUGAAAUAAGCAGGGGCAUCCAUGAAAAAGACGUUGCUUGGAUGACAGUAUAUGUUGCUCCAAAACCUGUAUGUACCUUUCAGCAUUAAUGUUGCCUUCACAGAUGUGUAAGUUACCCUUGCCUUGGGCACUAAUGCACCCCCAUACCAUCACAGAUGCUGGCUUUUGAACUUUGCGUCGAUAACAGUCUGAAUGGUUCUUUUCCUCUUUCGUCCGGAGGACCCGACGUCCACUAUUUCCAAAAACAAUUUGAAAUGUGGACUCGUCAGACCACAGAACACUUUUCCACUUUGCAUCAGUCCAUCUUAGAUGAGCUCAGGCCCAGAGAAGCUGGCGGCGUUUCUGGAUGUUGUUGAUAAAUGGCUUUUGCUUUGCAUAGUAGAGUUUUAACUUGCACUUACAGAUGUAGCGACGAACUGUAUUUACUGACAGCGGUUUUCUGAAGAAAUCCUGAGCCCAUGUGGUGAUAUCCUUUACACAUUGAAGUGUAAAGUGAACCUCGCCCCAUCCUUGCUUGUGAAUGACUGAGAAUUUUUGGGGAAGCUGCUUUUAUACCCAAUCAUGGCACCCACCUGUCUCAAUUAGCCUGCUCACCUGUGGGAUGUUCCAAAUAGAUGUUUGAUGAGUAUUCCUCAAAUUUCUCAUAAUUUUUUUGCCACCUUUCCCAACUUCUUGGUCACAUGUUGCAGCCAUGAAAUUCUGAGUUAAUAAUUAUUUGCAAAAAAACAAUAAGGUUUAUCAGUUUGAACGUUAAAUAUAUUGUCUUUGUAGUAUAUUCAAUUACAUAUGGGUUGAAAAGGAUUUGCAAAUCAUUGUAUUCCGUUUUUAUUUACGAUUUACACAUCUUCCCAACUUCAUUGGAAUUGGGUUUUGUAGUUCGCAUUGUUUGGAUGUAAAACAUUCUAUUAAAUGCCUGUGUGAGACAUAUUUUAGUGAAACCACGCCAUCAGACUGAAUGAUGCCAUGUUAUUUUAGAGGAGGAUGUUGGUCUUCAGAUUUACCAGAGCAGUCAGGACAGUUAACAUGAUUUAAGUAUGCAGAAGAAAAAUAAGCAAAUCAUUUAAAACCAAAUGAGUUGGUUAAAAAUUGUGUGUGUGUGUGUGUGUGUGUGUGUGUGUGUGUGUGUGUGUGUGUGUGUGUGUGUGUGUGUGUGUGUGUGUGUGUGUGUGUGUGUGUGUGUGUGUGUGUGUGUGUGUCAGCUGACAACACAGCAGAAGCCAAUGCAGUGGCAGCAGAGAAGACCAAGGUGGAGAGUGUUGAGCUGGUUCUACCCCCACAUGCCAACCAUCAGGUUACUCAUUUGCUCCUCUGUCUCCAGAAUAAAGAGAGAACUUGACCAUCACUGUCAGACCAUAGAGUGUUAAUAAUUUUCACUAUUUUUAAAACUAGUUUAAGUGUGAAAAUUCUCAGGCUUGCUUUACUCUCUACUUUAUAAAAGUGUUGAUCCAAGUUUAGCCGCUGUUGACAGUUGUUUGAUCAGUGAGCAAUAAUACCGCAGUGUAUCUGGUGUGAACAGUCUGUGUUUUUACACAAGUGCAGCUUCAAAAACUAGACUGUUCCCCAUUUUUCUCCAUGAGUCAAUUCAAAGAGUGAAACUUCCAAAUAUUUUAGAUUCAUCAAACACAGAAAGUGAAAAAUUUCAAGACUUUUUCUGUUCGAGUCUUGAUGAUUUCGGCUCACAGCUCAUGAAAAGCCACCAUCUGACAACAUCAGAUGACUACAAAACACCAAUCUGGAAAAAAAAAGAUGUAUGGCUCAGAGAUGUGGACCUUCAGCUUUUAGUUUUUGGUCAGUGCUCCUUUUUGCAUGAUUAUCUGCAUCAGUGUGUUAUGGAGGUGAUCAGUCUGUUGCUCUGCUGGGGUCUUACUGAAGCCCAGGUCUCUGAUAGUUCCUUCAGCUUCUCCGUGUUGUCGCUCUGGUGUCUCAUCUUUCUCUUCUCCAGCGAUCCUCGAUUGGGACCAGGUCAGACCAGUUAGCUAGACAAUGAAGCAUAGUAAUACCACAGUCAGCAAACCAGUUCAGAUCUACCUUCAGACUGUGGGACCUAUAUUUUCAACUGAGAUGCUAAAUUGACUUUCAUCUGAAAACAGGACUUUGGAAAACUGAGCGAGUCCAGGUGAGACUCUGAUGUGAUGACAUUGUCUUUGGUUCAGGAAUAUCUUGACAGAAGGAACACUUGUAGUCCAUUUCCUGGACUCCCCUGUGUGUAGUGGCUCUUGAUGCUCUGACUCCAGCCUCAGUCCAGUCCUUGUGAGGCCCUCCUAAAUUCUUGAAUCUGCAUUUUUUGACAAUCGUCUGAAAGCUGCACUCAGACUUUUCAGCAGUGACCUACUGCGGCUGACCCUCCCUGUGGUGGGUGUCCGUGAUGGUCUUCUGGACUACUGUGGAGUCAGCAGCCUGAACUGUGAUUGUGGUUGUGUGUCCUGAACCAGUGAGUAAAUAAAGGCUCAGUAAACCUUUACAGGUGUUCAGAGUUCAUUAGCUGAUUGGAGCUUUUUUCAGGACUUUAAGAACUGAAAAGACAAGAAACUGGACUUUUACACCAUAUUCUGAUGCCCUCAGAAAGUGGAUUUUUAGAGGUUGAGGGCUGUAAUUAUCAAAAUUAAAAAAAAAAUAAAAAAAAAAUCUUCGAAUAUUUUGCUUUGUGUGAUGACUGUGGAAUAUAUGGAAGAGUCCCCUUUUUAAAUCAAAUUUUAUGAGAAAUAACAUUUUUGGUGACAUUCAUAUUGUCUGCACCUGUAUUUGUGCAACAUUAUAUUUUCUGCAGUUACUUAAUCAAAUGUGUGAAUGUGUGAUUUUGACAGUUCUGUCCCUUUAACAGAACAUCUCAUUUCAAACAAAAUGAACUGCUAACUCAUUAAAAAAUAAAUAAAUAAAAAACUGCAGACUUUUGUUUUUCACACUGAUGUUUCUCCUGAGAGUUAAGUGUUUCACACUCUCUGUUUGCUGAAAUACCAGGUGAAUACGUUUGGAGGACAGAUCAUGGCCUGGAUGGUGAAUGUAGCUACAAUCGCUGCCAGGUACAAACACACAAAUGCAUUUUUGAUUAUGAACUUCAAACCACAGAGUGACACUUUCACAGUGGUUUUACAGACACACACACACACACAAAUUGAACUUGAAGGCAAAGACAUACAACCUUAAGGAAGCUUUUAUUCAGGUCCCAUCUUUAAAUAUGGCUCUAAAAAUGAGUCCUUCCAUGCCUACACCUGUCUUGACUGAACUGUAAUAAAUAAAGACACAAAUAAAUUCCAUCUAAAGGGAAGUUUAUGGUCUUUAAGGACUGUAUUUGAACGUUUUUCUAUACUCCAUCAUUUUCUCUCCAUGCAGCCGUCUGUGUCAGGCUCACCCAACACUACGGACCAUCGACAUGUUCACCUUCAGAGGACCGUCUCAGGUUGGAGACAGACUGCUUCUCAGAGCUAUAGUCAACAACGCCUUCAAAAACAGGUAUCAGUUUGUCCAGAGCAAGCAGCAAGGAAAGCUUUUAACUCCAUUUCAGUUAGCACAUCCAAACAAACUUGGUGUGUACUCCUGGAAUUUUCCAAAAUUGUUUAUUCACACAUGUCCCUCACAGCGUGAAAUUGUCCCGGUUGGAUAAAGGAGUUGGGGCUGAAUGAGAGCAGGAGUUGAGUCUAAUGAGGCAGGCCAUGAAAUCAUUACCAAAGCAGUGUGAUGAAGAAACUUGAACUGUGAUAUCAUUUUUUUUUUAUCUUUGUCCAAUGAGUCACAUAAACAGGCUUGAACGCUUUUCAAUGUUUUACAUGUUAAAAUGCAGACCCACUGGAGGCCGCUGAGAGAUGCCCACCCACCUCGGCUGUUUCUGAUAAAUUAAUUACAAUUUACAUAUACUGAUAGAUUAUUAAUAAAGACACAGUCAACAUUUCAGCUAUUUGCAUUUUCUGUGACCUAAAUUUCAGGAGGCUUUCACGAGUGUGUUGCGUGUGUGAAUACAGCUUUAUUGUCAAAUUUACAGCAAAAAAACAUCAUAUUUACUGAUUUCUGUUUGUUGUAGUACCUGUGAUCUAAAUGGAUCUUGAAAUGAGAGAACUAUCCGUGUCCACUAACAUCUAAAGGUUUAGAUUCAUGAUGAAAUCGUAGAGGAGACAGUCAUCAUUAUAAGGGUACGUUUGCAGUCAGACUUACUGAAAUGAAUUUGAUGUGUUUGUUAGUAUGGAGGUAGGGGUGCGAGCAGAGGCCUACCAGGAGGAGGGGCCUAACCGACAUAUAAACUCUGCCUUCAUGACCUUUGAGGUUCUGGGUGACCAUGGGAAGCCACGGACCCUGCCACGGAUACGACCUGAACCCUUGGUGAGUUAGCUGGUAGAUUAAGACACAGUGGGACAUGUGCAGAAGAGAUUAACACACCCUGGAUUUAUUAUCGUACCCUCCAGCACCAAACUCUUGAGCAGUAUGUCCUUCUUAUGAUGACUUACCUGGGGGAAAGGUGGUCUAAGCUGGAAGGCUGUCAGUAUCCCACACAAUGAAUUUAGUUUGAUGAUGAGAAAAUUAUAAUCCCAAUCAGUUUAAGUGACAUUAUGGCAUGAGAACAUACAGUAGCAGUCGCACCGCUGUUGCCAAAGGAUGUGAUCAGCUGACAUUCUAUAGUUACAUCGAGGGAAGUCCUGAUCAGCUUUUUGUAAUACAAAGUAUCUGCUGAUACUGAGUCCUGGUCUGAUAUGUGUAUUUGUCCUGCUAAAUCAGCUGGACACCAUGUCUUUGUUUUGUUUAUAAAAAGAAACUCAAGUGAACAGAUUUACCAAACUCUGAAGUGGAGGAAUCAAACCAGUGUGCAAUGGGGCUCAGUGAUGACGAGAUUCAAAUGUCAGAGCUCCAGAUGUCCCAUCAGGGUUUUAAAUCGACUCAUAUGCUGUCAUGAACUGCACUGUGAUGCAGGAUGGACCAGAGGUCAAGAGACCUGCGCUGUUUAAUUUUUUUAGGAAAAGGUCUACCCCUACUACUCACAGAGCUGAGGCUCUCCAGACAUUAGAGUGGUUGUUGAAGUAUUUCCACACUGCUUACAUGUUACUUACUUGUGCAUUUGCAUUCUGCUGUCAAGUCAAAAUGUUGGAUCACCUGGAGAUGCAGAUCCCUAAUCUGUUUUUUGGGACACUUUGGUACCAAGGUUGUAAUAGUUUUAAAUUUUUUUAGUUUUAAUUUUUAUUUGGCUUAGACUUUUUAUUUUCAGUUUCAAUUAAGUUUUGAUGAGUUUUUAAGGCUAGAUUUUUAGUAUAGUUUUUAUUCUCUAAAAACGCUUAGUUUUACUUAAGUUUUCAUUUGUUUUAGAGUUAGUUUUAGUUUUUGCUACAUGGGAUAAGCCUACUUGUCAGGAACAAGACCCCCCAAAAAUUCAACACUGCGUAGAAAAGCUCAACAAGCCAAGGAAUAUUUUACACAGCCUGUGGUGUACCAGCUUUACUGUUCUAGUCUUUGGAAACAUAAACAGAUAUACAGUACAUAACUCCUUUUGAAGCAGGAGUUCCUGAGGGGAGUCUUGAGAGGCCUGAAGGCACAGCUGAUCAAAGAUCAGAGCAACAAUAUAAGAUAAGAUAAGAUAGUCUUUUAUUUGUCACACAAGGGAAAAUUCCAAAUUUACAGCAACGAUAUAUACAGAGGAGAGAUUAAAGAAUGAAGAAACUUAAGAGUUAAAAGAUAUUUUAAAAAAAGAUAUAUAAUGAGUGUUAUUUACAGCUCUUAUGUACAAUCUCACCCAACUCCACACCUGGCCAGAGCUCUGAAGGAAAAUUAUCAGCUCUUGUAAUCUCAGAGGAAGCAAUCUUUAGUUUUUGGAGCAAGCAAAGUCUCAAACAGCAAUAAUGAGAUUUCAGAGUACCAGUGCAGGAUGUUAUUAAUGAGACAAACUGGCAGAGUUUUUGAUGAACCAGAAAACAACCCAUCACAGGCUUGUACUCAUUUGAUCAUUCAGUGUUCAGAUGUGUGAAUGAUAAACCAGAAUUUAUCACACAGGACUGACAGCACCAUACCCAGACUUGAGACCUGAACCAGCAGAGAUGUGGCUCGCUGUCACAUCAUUAAAGCUGAAAGGUACAGACAGAUUUAGGAGCAACAUCUGCUACCAUCAGAGCCCCAUCUUUUUAAAGGACGUCCCUGUUUAUUUCAGCAAGACAACAACAAGACACAUUCUGCAUGUGUCACAACAGUGAGGCUUCAGAGCCAAAGAGUUCAGGUGCUAGACUGGAGCCUACAGUCCAGACUUGUCUCCUAUUGAAAAAGUGAGGAGCAUUAUGAACACAAAAUACCACAAUGGAAACCCACGACUGUUGAGUUACUGAAGUGGUCAUUUUAAACAUUCAAUAUCUUUGUGGUGUUUUCAGUUGAAUAUAGGUGGGAAAGGAUUUGUUUAUCAUUGUAUUCUGUUUUUAAUUCUCAUUUUGCACAGUGUUCCAACUUAACUAUAGUAAGGGUUUGUAUAAUCAGCAGGUGCACUCAUGUUUACUAUUACACUUAAAGCUCCUGUGAGGAACUUUCUGUCUGUGCUUAUUUUGGUGCCCCCUAUAAACCAAUGCUCAUAGUUGCUGAUUUCAGUUUGAUUCAUAGAUCACUUUAAACAUCUGCUGUAAAAAUUGUAACAAUGGCUGUUUCUCUCAGCAUACCUACACCCCCCUGCCCCCUUAGCCCCCGACCCACCCACCCACUGCAGUUAAAUUCAGCACAGAAAACGAUAGUCAUGUUAUGGAUGGUUUUAUUUGCCUAUUUACAUCAUAGAAAUGCAACAUAGCUCGUUUCAGCCUGUUUAAUAAACAUUUGGAAACCCCUUAAAGUAACUGGUAGCUUUAAAGUGGUGUCUCUUGAAGUUGCAACCAAAACAAAAAGAAAACAGACUUUAGACAAGAUUUAUCAGAAAUGAUGUUGAGAGUGAAACCUCCUGAGAAGUUUCUUCAGACCUGCAGGUUUUUCACUUCCUUCCUUUAUUUAUUUAUUUUAACUGUGUAAGAUUGAUAAAUUUGAAUUUUGUCCCUCUCCUCACUUUCUUGCAUUUACAGGAGGGAGAGAGACGCUUUCAAGAAGCCAUAGCCCGGAAGAAGAUCCGAUUGGACAGGUCUCUUCCUGAUCCUGGUUUUGCAGAUCUAAAACUUUAAUCUUUUAAUCCAACUAAAUGUGAAAAUUCUUCAAGAUGUUACUGAUAAAGCAAGAAGAGUUUAUAUGCAUGCAGUGACAGCUCUUUCCUGGAGUUAAAAGGGUUUAUUACUUAAUAAUUCAUAAGGGUGUUAGACCUAUUUUUAACCUAACAUUAAAACCUAAAAAACAGAUUGUUGGGUGUAAAAUCAGAAUCAUAGGAUUUUGGUAUCCUCUUUGGACUCUUCUCUCCAUGCCCUCUGGUUAAAUUUUACCCAUUUUCCCCAGAUUUUUGAGUCCAAGUUUGUAUCUGAUAGUACAGCCUUAUACUUAACACUUGGUAUCACGUCUAAUAUUCUCCCACUGUGCAGGAUGAGUCACACUAACACGAUACUGCUCUCAUCAUUUUGUUGCAGAAAGUAUAUCAUUUCCCGGAAGCAGGGUGAGGUGCCUUUGUCUGUUCCCUGGGAUCCCAGAAACCAGGUGAGGAUGAUUAAAAAGUUACAAUCACCUGUGCUGUGAUUGACAACUCACUUCUGCUACUGGUAAAAUGCUACUGUCUUUAGUUCAUAUAUAUUUACCAUAUUUGUCUAUAAUUUCAUGAUCCUCCAGGUUUAUCUGAGCUACAAUAACGUCUCUGCUUUAAAGAUGUUGGCUGCAAGAAAAAACUGGCGCCUCAGCACUGAGAAAGACAAGGUGGGAGCUUUUUUUUCAGAGACAGAGGUUGUCUUAUUUUCCUGGAGAGACCGAUUUUUGAUAUAGUCCCUUUUUUCCAGGUUCGACUGUACACCCUGGAGCAGAAGUCCAUGUUGAGCUUUAGAGUGGAGGCAGAGGUGGAUGUUCCUGCUCACAGAGCCUUCUGUCUGCUAGCUACGCUGAGCAACAGACCCUGCUGGGACACACAUUAUCAGUAAUACUUUCAGACAUACACACACACACACACACACACACACACACACACACACAUUUCUUUUCAAGCUUGGCAAACUGUACAUGCUCUGCUUGUAUAAAGGGCAGAGUAUUGUGUAUCUGGUUUUAGUGCAUAUGAACCUUGCAGACGUGAGAAACUCAAGACAGAAUUUAGAAAACUGUAGAGCCCAUCUUGAGAGUCAUAAAUAAGUGGUGCUCUCUCUCCCUCUCUGUCUGUUUUAAUUCAGCAACUGUGAGCUAAUCUACCGAGUUGAUGAUGAGGACUUCUUGUACCGCGUGGUGACUCCAUCAGUGCACCAGGGCGCUGUGGGCUCCCCAACGUCAGCCUCUCAGGGGGGAGGAGUUCUUCAGGACUUCAUCUUGUUGGCAUCCAAGAGGAAACCGUGUGGUGCUGGGUAAGUUCUUUGACCAAAUGGCUGAUCUGAGAGACAGGUCAGAGGACAUGAAGCACAGUGCUACAGGAUUAACCAUUGUUUAUCUUUCCCUUCUCAGAGAUCCAUAUGUCAUUGCCCUGCGUUCAGUGUCUCUGCCCACUCACCCUCCAAAUGAGGGGUUUAACAGGGGAGAGGUUCUGUGUGCUGGAUUUACCAUCCUAGAGACCAAAAACAACACCUCAAUAGUAUGUCAGAUAAUCCUUUGAACAGUUCAUUUAAAAUCUACAUUACUUAACAUUUACAUCACAAUCCUCUUUUUAUCUUUUUCCAGAUCACUUACUACAACCAAGCCUCUCCAGAGGUUCUUCCCUAUAUCUCCACAGACAUUGCUGGCCUCUCCUCCUCUUUCUACCACACCUUCUGCUCCUGUAGCCAGUACCUGACCAGGAACAGACAACAGUCUUCCACCUCAAAGCAGACGAGUGAAGAACAGACCUCAGUUACAGACAGUCCUUCCUGUGAUGAUGAAGUUGACAGUCUGUCAGUGGCCCUUUGUAGCACCCAGCUGUAGUCAGUCAGUCAGGCCAGUUUACACACCAAAGACAAGUUUGAUCUUAAACUGCUGCUUCAUACAAGGUGGUACGGUUCAUUUAGUCACAGUCAAGAGAUAAAUCCAACAGAGAUAAAAGCUGCUUUAAAACUUUGUUUUUAAAAAGAGGAUAACAGUGAGAACAGGAGAACAUGCCUCAGACAUUAAAUGCUCAUAGUUGUUAUGAAUCAAAUUCAGGUCUUAGUCUGAGAUCAGCAUUAAUAUAGAGGCCUGUUAAAAACUUGGUUCGAUUACAGACAAAAUCCACUUCCGAUACCACCUCACCUGGUGAAUUUAUCCACUCACAUGGUUUCAUACAUCACUGCCAGGCAGAUGACACCCAGCCCCUCCUGUCAUCCUCAGAUGUCAUGUCAUACUGAUGUUUGAUGAAGGACAGCUCUCAUCUCUAACCUUGUAAUGCCUACAAAGCCUAAAGAUUUGAUGGUUCAAUCUAAAGGGGGCAUGAAUGUCUCUAUUAACAGUAAGAUGAUAAAAAUGUCAAAAUGUCUAUCAGUCAGUGGUGCUUCAGGAGACAUUAGGGGUCACCAAAGUUAAGUGGGAUGGUGCAGUAAAUGACCAGAUUGUUCAAGGGCGGAGUACUGACAAAGAUCGAUGCUGCUUCAACAGCCAAACAUUGAUGAUAAAGAAAUGAGGCUCAGCAGGAAAGAAAACUGUCUUCAUUCACUCACACACCUCUCUCUGUCUCUCAUAGUCCCUCUCUCUGGUCUAUGCUGUCUGUCCAGUACACCAAGGGAAUUUUCAUAGUUUCACCCAGCUGGACCAAUUCAACACAAAUUUACCUCAGAUUUCUUUGAGUUACCUGCAUGCAUUACUUCUCAACAUAAGGUACACUGUGGGGGCUCAUUACUUCAUGCUGUACAACAUAUAGGCUCCUAUCACUUUAAGUUAUUGUGAUAGGUUAAGAAUACUUCAGUAGAACCUGGCUCGUAUUUAGCAUUAAGGGUCCAAAACCUCCUGACAUACUGCCGAUAUACUUGACCUGCAGAAACAUUCUGUAGUCAAAGCCUUCACGGUGAAUGCUUAAGAGGUGAUGAGCUGAAAGUUUGGGUGUGAGUCUGGUACAGGGCAGCAGAGGCAUAGGAAUGGCAGAGAUAGAGACCUGAGGCCUGUACUACGAAGCUGGAUUUGGUCUUAGCGAGAUAACUUCUGGAUAACUUCUGGGUUUUCCGUACUACGAAGGUGGAUCUCUUUUUAUCCGGGUCCGUUGCCCCGGUAACUUACGCGGAACGCCAAACCUGCUUCGGAGCAGGUUAUGUUUCAGGAUAAGAUCUCAGCAGGUAUAAAAGACCGCCCGAUGACCAAUCGGAUCUCUUGGAAAAUGGCUCGCCCACUUUUGCCGGAUCCCGGGGACAUCGUUGCACGGAUAGUGAGAGGAGCGCUUCGCCGAGAGCGUUAUAUUCAUGAUUGUUCAAACCCGUUUGAUUUACCUCAUGAUGUUCUCUAUGAACGUUACAGGUUUUCCUCGGACGGCCUCAAUAUUCAGGUAGCAUGAAGUCUAAGCAAUACACUAAUAUUUGCCAAGCUCCAGGUUCCAAUUUCAUGCAAAACUCUUAACCCCAAAUGUGUCUGCAGAUGACGUGACCAUCAGAUGAUGGAGAAAAAAAAAGGCAGUGUGAGGAAAUCACUGUUUACGCGUUGAAAUAUACAAAUAAAAUCUUCCAAUAAACGUAUAAACUACUUUAAAGGAUGUUUUUAGAUUUAUUUUUAUUUGCUCCCACGUACUCUUUUCCCCACUGCUGUUGUGUCUGAAAUAAUGAAGUCAGUGAUGGUGGUGAUCACACACGCUGCAUGACAACAUAUUAGGGGGCCAUAAAUUUAUGAACGCACAAAUGUAAUUUCCACAACCGGUGAUUUUUUUUUGCCGGCAGUCCCUCCGGCUUUUAGCGGCUGUGUCUGUCUCACUGUUUAAAUAAAGCUCUGUUCUUCAGCUGUGAAAAAUGACGUGCAGCCUUCUCCAUUGUGGAGAUUGGUCCGGUGGCACUGACCCGACCCCCUUUACGUGUGCGCGCACAGAUCUGAAGUGGCCACCCCUGGAUUCAGUUAUCGAGUUGAUAACCGGCUUCGUAGUACAGCUGAUCGGGAUCGCGGAGAUCCGGUGAAGUUGAGCGAGUUGUCGCAGAGUUAUCCUGGAUGUGUUAAUCCAGCUUCGUAGUACAGGCCUCUGAAGUCUUGCAGCUAACAGACCACCUACUGUGAGGAUAUGGAGUAAGUAAGUGGAGCUCGAUUUGCCUGCCUGAACUAGCUCAGUUGUUCUCUGUACCAUUCAGAUUUUGACCUACAAAGUACAUGCUUUUGUGAGUCGUGUUGACAGGUGGCAUUGAUUUAAGAUGAUGAGAGUGGAUCUGGUCUGGAUGAGACUCAGUCUGAUAUAGUCCUGCUGUUAAAUCUUUGUAAAAAAAAUCAAACGGUCUAAUCCAGCACUUUUUGUAAAGAAUUUAGAGAUUAGGUUUGUUGUGACUUGGUGCUUUAUAAAUAAAGAUUGAUUAAGGACAUGA